GAUGAACCCUCGUGUAACCUUCUUAUUUAUUGUUUUGUUCUCUACCUAAAAUGUGUCCCGUGUAAAACUGGAUGUUAAACAAUGAUUUUGACAGUAUUUUUAUUACCAUGAUUGUUCUUCAUAAUUUCUAAAUUGAUAAGUUUCCUAGAAAAAUGGAUCUAAUAAACAAUAUAAGUGUGAGCUCAGUUUUGAAUCGAGACAGUAAGACUUUCGGCAAAAAGAAUAUAAUUGAUGGAAGCAGUGAUACUUGUUGGCAUUCUGCGGAGGGUACACCACAGUGGGUAAAAUUCAGUUUCAAAGAGGAUGUGACGAUAAAAGGUUUUGAAAUUCAGUUCCAAGGAGGCUUCGCUGGAAAACAGUGCACCUUUAAAAAUCAUACUGCUCACAAUGAAGAAGAACAGUUCUAUUCUGAAGACAUAAACGGUGUACAGAAAUUCUUACUGACGAAACCAAUGGCUGGGAAUAUUUUUUCAUUCCAUUUUGAAACCAGCACCGAUUUUUUCGGCCGGAUUGUGAUUUAUGGUGUAAAAUUUCUUUUUGAUGACAGUUAAAAUUCGACAAAAUGUUGUGAUCGCGGAGAAGACAUUUUCCAAAUUAUUUUGUAAUAAAACUUGUUUGUUGGUUUAAAACAAUUCUGUUCAUGUUUGUAAAUAGAAGAAGAAGAAGAAAUUUAUUAUUAAACAUAAGAAACAGUUUAUAAUAUAUUUACAAUAAAUUUUAAGCAUGGCAAAAAGCCAUGAUUGUGAACAGUCA